UUUUGGUUAUAUUGGUACACUUGCAGUAGUAAAAUGGCAGCUCUUGAAGACGAUUUUGAAUCAUGGUUAAGCUUAAAGUUAAAAGAAUUAAAUACUGAUGAAAGUGUUUUCGGUAGUUAUAUAACGGGAAUAUUAGAAGGUGAUGAAACCGUCGAAGAAAAAACCGAAGCCCUUGAAGGAAUUCUGACAGAAAUUACAGAGAAUGAUAUUCCUUUACACUGCAGAGAAAUUCUUGAUCAUUGGAAGGCUAGUCAGUCAAAUAUCGCUUCUAAUGUGGUCAGUGCCCCAGCAGUGUUGGAUAAUGUUGAGGAGAAGUUGGCAAAACUGCUGGAAUCGAACAUACGUCCCACUAUUGUACAACGGAAUUACACUGACGAAGAAAGAAAAAUUAGAGAAGCGAUCUUAGCACAAUAUAGUCAGACUUCUGAUCAAGACAGUGGGGAAGAAGAUGAUGUAGGUGGAGGAGGAACCGAAGGGAAAGAAAAUGGUCUUUUCAAGAACACAAACGCUGCAGCUGUUCACCAGGCUGAGAGGGAGAAGCGAGAAAAAGCUAAAAUAGACAGCCAGAAGAAAAAAGAAAAAGACAAAGAGGACAGAGAGAAACAAAAGCAACAGCAGCAAGAGAAGAAAGAGAAGCGAAAGACACAGAAGGGCGAGCGUCGCAGGUAGCAGAGCUUUGGAUUCACUAUAAUCUCGUGUGUGUUAUCUAUUUAUUACCGUCAACUGUUCGUAGAUCGUUGUUAACUCGAUGUUGUUUUAGACUGGCUCUAAUAAAGCACAAUUUAACUGAUACUGUACAGCCAGAGCAUUUGAGUAUAAUUAAAAAGUUUUAUCAGUAAAGAAAUGACAAAGAUUUAUGUGAUCAUUUUAUCAUGCAGAUACCUCUGCCAGCACUGUAAUUCUUGCCCAAGAGUGAACUAAUGUGUGACUUAGUCAACUGGAGUUUAUUAAUGUUUGAGUGAUUUUCAACCAAAAUGAUUGUGAUGAUCCAAAAUUAACAAACUAGUGAUUAGUUUAAAAAUAAAAUGCAAUUUGUGUUCUGUCAUUGUAAAUGUAUGUACUGAAUUAAUUUAAUCAAACUAAUGUAAAUAAAAAACUCCAGUAAAAAUAAA